CCGAAUUAGACCAAAACUGAAUUGGUCGUCUGUACUUUUUUCUCAAAUCAUAAACUUAAAAGUUAAAACCCUCAAUUUGUCCGACGGUGUUACGCGACGGCUAUAUUCGGCGGCGGAAGCUUUUUCCAUCUCACUCUCUUUCGACUAAUCUUUCCGCCGUCUGAAGAAUGUCUUCUUCGAAGCGGAAGCGCGGCGCCGAAACCGCCGCGGAAGAUUGUGACGACGGUACUGAUAAGAGCAAUACCGGAAACAGUUUCUUCGAUAUAUAUGGACCCGAAGCGAAAGCAGAACUCGAUUUCAAAAGCCCUGAAACAACAUUGAACUUACAAGAUGUUCAAGGACUUGUGACAUGGGUUCUUGCAGAAGGUUUUAUGCCUUCAUGGGUAUUUAUUAAGAACAAGCCUCUCAUUCCAAAGGUUGUACUGCUCUACCUUCCUGGAUUGGAUGCAGCUUUAUACUUAUCACAUUCUAAAACUCUGUCUAGUUUGAAAUCAUGUUGUGGCAAUCCUAUGGCGCUUUUAGCUUUGAGCUGUGUAGUUGAUGAGAUGAGGACAAUCGAUACAAUCCUUACUUGCAAGGGUAGAAAAAAGAAAACUGUUACUAGUUCAGUGGAACCACCUCCCCUUGUAUCUAGCCCAGAAGCAUGCAAUCUGAUGGGGAAAUCGUUCGUUGAGCUCACGAAAGAUAUACCAUUCCCUGUUAGUUACUACACUCUAAGUCAAAAGGAAAUGGAACAAAAUGGUUACACUUUUGAAAAACUCGAGUUGACACCUACACUUCCUGCACCAUCAGGAUCAUGUCCCCCCGAAAUCGUGGCUCUUGAUUGCGAGAUGUGUAUUACAAAGGAGGGUUUGGAGUUGACGAGAGUGACGCUGGUGGAUAUCCAAGGACAGGUUCUAUUAGAUAAAUUAGUCAUGCCAACAAAUCCUAUUACUGAUUACAACACAAGAUAUAGUGGAAUAACAGCUGUGAUGAUGGAGGGAGUUACAACAACACUUAAAGAUAUUCAGGAAGAGUUCUUAAAGCUGGUUUUCAAAGAGACCAUAUUAGUCGGACACUCCUUGGAAAAUGACUUGUUGUCUUUGAAGAUCUCUCAUAAUCUGGUGAUUGACACUGCAGUACUAUACAAGCAUCCACAUGGAAGAUCUUAUAAAACUAAACUUCGAAUUCUAGCAAAAAAGUUUCUUGCUAGAGAGAUACAGGAGUCUGAAUCCGGACAUGACAGCGCAGAGGAUGCAAAAGCAGCCAUGGAUUUGGCACUAUUGAAGAUAAAACAUGGACCUGAUUUUGGUUCACCACCGGAAGUGAUAAGAAAAAAGCUCCUCGCCGUUUUAAAUGAGAGCGGGAAAACGACUUCUAUAAUUGACAAUAUCAACAUCGUGAAGCGAUAUGCUUCUGAGUCAUCAAAUGCAAUUCCAGUUUCGUCUGACGACGAAGCACUUUCAAAGGCCGUGAAGGAGGUAAAGAACAAGCGGUCUCAAUUCGUUUGGACACAGUUCUCAGAAUUGAAUGCACAUUUCCAGAGCAGAGCGGAUGAUCCACAGAAACUAAACUCCAGACUAGCCGAGAUGAUCUCAUUGCUUACAUGUAACAAAAAGUCCGGCCUUAAGAAAAGCAAUGUCUCACCUGAAACAAAGGAAAUCUUAAAGAAAAUGAAUGAAAGAGUCCAAUCCCUUUAUGCUGCAUUACCUACAAAUGCGAUGUUUAUAGUUUGCACCGGACACGGAGACACAUCCAUUGUACACAGAGUGCGGAAAAUGCUUAAAGAUGAGGAUGAAAUCGGGUUUGACCGUGAGAAACUUGUCAAGGUUCUUGAAGAGCUUCAAGCACAAGCCGAAGUAGCUCUCUGUUUUGUAGGUAUCAAGCAAUAAACUUAAACAGAAAGCCAAAUUUUUUCCCUUGUAUACCAUAUGAGCAACAAGAAACUCACAAUUCAGUAUUGUAUUUUUUGGUAAUAUUGGUUUGUAGCAUCUAUUAAUGGCGAUUUUCAUAUAGUAAAAAGAGUUGACAUUUCAAGUUUGUUUACAGUAAUAAAAAGGUAAAAAAAACGGCCAAUUCCAG